UAAGUUAGCAUGAGAUGUUAACGAUAUCACCAAACCACAGUCGCUUUACCCUUAAAAAAAAGCUCGAGAGGCGGUUUCAUCUCUGGAACUAGACACUCUUGUCUGAAGCAAAAACAUUCAACACACAGUCGUCGUCGUCGUCGUCGUCGUCUUCUUCUUCACUUCACUAUUACAGUAUCAAUCAAUCAAUCAAUGGCUUCUUCGUCUCCAUCGCAGAUGGUUCACACUUCUCGCACCAUCUCUCAGAUUGGUGUGAGGUCCCAGCUAGUUUCGGCAAAUCGAACACCUCAAUCACUUAGCUUCGGAGCUCGUUCCUCACUCUCUUCAAGACUAAACUACGCAACAAGCUUCCCGCUUAAGACAAUCUCCGGAGCUCACAAGCUCCAGAGAACAGCUUGUGUUAAAUCAGUGGCCGCUGAGGAGGAGGAGGAAGAAGAAGUGCUAGCACCUCCUCAAGCUAAAGUGACACACAAAGUUUACUUUGAUGUGGAGAUUGGUGGUGAAGUCGCUGGAAGGAUUGUGAUGGGUCUGUUUGGUGAUGUUGUCCCCAGAACAGUUGAGAACUUCCGUGCCUUGUGUACUGGUGAGAAGAAGUAUGGGUACAAAGGCUCUUCCUUUCACCGUAUCAUUAAGGACUUUAUGAUCCAAGGAGGUGAUUUCACCGAGGGAAAUGGUACUGGAGGUAUUAGUAUUUACGGUGCUAAGUUUGAAGAUGAAAACUUCACCCUGAAGCAUACUGGACCUGGAAUCUUGAGUAUGGCUAACGCUGGUCCUAAUACUAAUGGAAGUCAGUUUUUCAUUUGUACCAUCAAGACUUCAUGGUUAGACAACAAGCAUGUUGUGUUUGGACAAGUCAUUGAAGGUAUGAAGCUUGUGAGGAAACUUGAGUCUCAGGAGACACGUGCUAUGGAUGUUCCGAAGAAAGCUUGCAGAAUCUAUGCAUGUGGAGAGCUCUCAAUGGACGCUUGAUAACCACCACCAAACCGUUGGAUCUUUGUUCUGUUUUUUUUUUUUUUUUCUGAAUAAGAAACCAAAGAUUUUUUUUUUAAAAGUUAUAUGGUCUUUUGUUUCCUUAUUUUGGAUGCAUGAGUUAAAAAAGUACAAUAAGGUUAUAUUAUUAGAGUUUUGUCUUUAAGCUAGAACCAUGGUUGCAACCGGGGCUUGCUGAACAAGUGGCUCGAGCUUA